CCUGAUAACUUCGAUAAAGUUUCAGAGUCAGUACCACAGUGAGGGUGAUCGCCGCCUCUAUAAUGUUUCUUAAUAUCAAGGUUUUUGUGUGUUUACGAAGGCCCCUGAGUUACUAAACCAUUGCAAAGCAUCGACAGGGGAGUCAGUACGUGUUAUAACGGUUUCCAAGUAAGUUGAACAGUGUGAGGAGGUGGAUUCUAGUGUGGGAGGUGGUAUUAUCAUCAUAACAAGCCAUUUACGGAAAAAGAACUAGUAAGAAAUAUAGCGAGAAAACCAGGUACUUCGUCUCCACGUGAAAAAAAAAUGAGGACCAUUUCAGUGAUGGCGCUGCCGCUGUUGCUAAUGGCAGUGCAGCUGACAGUGCCUUCGCAAGCAUUUUCGUUUUUUCCGAACUUCUUUGAGAGAAACACAACCUGGGACCUCUGCAACAAAUGCAAGUGCCCGACCAUCCUGCAGGAGGCACGCGAACACGGGGUGAGCUGCCGGGAUGUGAAUCUGACCAGUUUAACGGACGGCGUCGUCAUCGAAAGAAACUUUUCGAAGGUCGACUUCUCCAAGAACAGCAUCGCCAGCAUCUCGAAGGACACGUUCAAGCCGUCGCACACCUUGAAGAGCCUCGACCUGUCUGCCAACGUCAUGGAGAGCCUCGGGGGCGGCGUCUUCCAGCCGUUGAGUUCGCUCGAUUCCCUGUCGCUCGAGAACAACUUGCUCAGCAGUCUGGACGAAGAGACAUUUGCCGGCAUAGGUAAUCUGACCUCGCUUGACAUGAGCUACAACAAGCUCUCCGACCUCCCCCCCGGAGUGUUCAAAAAUCUCCCCAAGCUGCAGUACCUCUCCCUGGCUUUCAACCCUUUGGCGAGCAUGAACGGGUCAGUCCUCUGGGGCAGCGAGAGUCUGGUGACCCUUGACCUGUCGGGAAUCGGGUUCAAGACUUUGCAUAAGGAUUUCUUCUCGAGUAAUAUGACAAAAUUGGAAAAGCUGAUUCUCGCCUUCAACGCAAUCGAGGUCGUCCCUUCAAAGGCCCUGUUCAACCUGCGGAACUCUCUCACGUACCUAGAUCUCUCUGCUAAUCCUAUCAAGACGCUGGGAGCUUACUCGUUCUUCAGCCUAAGUUACGUCAAGACCCUCAUCCUGAGACAGAUGCUCCAGCUGAUGUCGAUCGAGGCCUAUUCGUUCGGGGAUCUCGUCAGCCUGGAGAGGUGUGAGAUCGCCUACGCCCCCAGGAUCCUGACUUUGGAUGGCAAGGCUUUCCACACCAACAAAAACGGCACGGAUUCCGUCCUCCUGCUGGAGGAUUUCAGCUUCUCCUUCUCCGUCCUGCGCACCCUCCCCGAAGGCCUGCUCAAGUGGGACCACCUCCGCCAAGUGCGACUCGAGUACAACCAGUGGUGCUGCGACUGUAGCAUGAAGUGGGUCAAGAAUUCGAGUCUGAUGGACCUGGUCGGGGACAGGAUGAUAUGUUCCAGCCCUGACUUUUUACGCGGCCAUCGUCUCAGCAAAGUCAAUGACAAAGAUCUCAUAUGUGGAGUCACCCCGGUCUCUUCACACAAAGCACCCAUUUCUCCUCCUUCCAGGUCGUUCGGAUUCCUGGUCGGCCUGAUGGUCCUCGGCUUCGUCACGAGUAUGGCGACGGUGGCCCUGCUGGUGUACUGGCGCCAAGGGUGGUUGUGUCGCCGCCCGCAGAACGCCUACUCGAGAGUCAGGGCUGGGCGGACCACCAUAACCGUCACGGAUGACAUGGAGUGGGACAACGGGGACCUUGAGGCGGAUAGCAAAGCGUAGGAGUUUUUGUGGAGUGGAACGAGGGAGGAUUCGAGACCAGUCGUGAGGAGUGCGUGUAGGGGAGGCUCUGAGACUGGUAGGCAAGGGGUGGGAGUUAUGGGGAGUGGAAGAAGAUACUCUGGGGUCUGUUAUGAGGCGUGAGGGACGUGUGGAGUGGGACUAAGUUGGACCUCGAGGCGGAGAGCAAGUCGUAAGAGCUUUGUGGAGUGGAAAGUGAGUCUCUGGUGCCAGAUAGGAGACAUGGGGCAAAGGAGACUGAAACAGGAAGCAAGGGAUGUUAGUUGUGAAGUGUGUAACAACGUAGACUUUGAAGGCGAUAGUUAGGAAGAGUAGUUUGGCUGGAAAUUCAGCAGAAGAGUGUGGUGUGUCACUUUUGUCGUCGAAUGUUGGUUUAUGUUGUGGAGUAUUAAAGUACGGCUCAUAAAAUACAAAAAAAAAUCGUUGCAUAUCUGUAAUAGCUGUAUGAACAGACAGAAACAUAAAAUAGUUUAAGAAUCUUAAACUAUAACUACAUUGCUAUAUAUGAAAAAAUAUGUGUUUUUUUUUACAUAAGAUGUAAUUGUUGUAGUCUUAUUCAAAUCAACGUCAUAAGAUGGUAAUUGUAGAUACAUUACAUUUAAGUGUUUGUGGUUGGUACCAAUUAGUAAGAGGUAAAUAACAGUAGAUUAUGUCUCGUUUACAACCUUCUAUCAUUAUAGAUAAUUGGGUUAUUACCAUUAGUCAACAUACUAUAUUUUCCUCUCUAUUUAUUCACAAUUCCUUAUCAUCGUUUCUUCUAAGUUUUUUUCAUUCUCAAGUAUUUUCACCAGAACAAAAAAUUACAGUAUUUGUGGAUUACGCAAUGAACAAUAGGACUCAGUGAAGGAUAUAACAGCAUUUAUUCAGAUUUUGACGUUUCGUAAACUAAUACUACUAGCCUACUAGCCUCAGAUAUUAAAGUAUGAAUGGAGAUAAACUCCCAUGGUAUAUUGUAGCGUUUUGAACUUUUCGAUAAUGGUUUUCAAAAUGUCUUAGCCAUACCAUGCCUUUGAUAUAUUAUUAAUUUAAGGGGUUUAUAUCCAUUGUAGAUUUAUGCUGUGGGUCCUAUAUUGAUUUGUAAUGAACAGUUGUUUUCUAUUCUUAUAAAGGAAAUGUGUAUUUUCUGUAUGUAUAGUUGUUUUUUUUCAAUAUUCUUCAUGUUUCUGUAUGGUUUAUUAGUAAAGCCUUUCUAAACCGA